AUGGUCAACGAAGCUACCAGACCCAGAAUUGGAGCAGCUACGAGAGACAAGAUCAAAAGUACUAUCCGCAAGCAGCUGACUAGCGACCCUCAACUGCCCCGUGCAAAGCCUACCGAAUCGCUAUGGCAGCUCCCAAUCGCUCAGGACAUCGGUAGCAUUCAAAGCCCACGAUUGCCAGAGAAGGUUGACUUCGCUAUCAUUGGAUCCGGCGUCGCGUCUUGCGGUGUCACUAGGAGUCUAUUGACCAACUCGCGCUCAGGCAAUAAGACUGUCGGCGUUUUCGAAGCCCGUGGCUUGUGCAGUGGUGCUACCGGCAGAAAUGGCGGCCAACUUACUCGUCUUCCGCCAACACGCCAUACCUUCAUGGCCGAGGAGUUUGGCGUCGAGCAGGCAAACAAAGUCAUGCGUCUGACAGUCCGCGGGCUUCACGAGAUGCAUUCGUUGGCAGAGAGCCAGGGUCCCGAGUUCUUGGCCGCGACCCAGAAGACACGGACUGAGAAAUUCUUCGCUUACUUUGACGAAGAGUCCUGGAACGAGACUGUCGAAGCAGUGAAACUGUUCGAGGCAGAGAUUCCUGAGGAGAAGGGUGCUUAUGAGUUGGUUUCUAAAGAGGACACAGCAUCGGUCUACAAUAUCAACGGCGCAUACGGUGGUCUUAGGUUUCCAGCAGGUGUCUGUGCACCUUAUCGACUUGUGACUGGCACUUUCAAGUCCUUGAUGGAAAAGUUCCCGACACGGCUCAGCAUAGAUUCCAACACGCCGAUCGUCUCGAUCUCUCAUACCUCAGACGAAGACUACCCCUACAGGCUGGAAACCCCAAGAGGAACAGUCAAGGCCGCGAACGUCGUCCAUUGCACCAAUGGCCACGCAGGUCACCUGAUCCCGGGACUACGCGGUAAGAUGUACCCCCGACGAGGGACCAUGUCCGUCCAGUCGCCCGGUUCUCAGUUCCCAGACCUCAGCAGCCAGCAGUCCUGGUCCUUCUACUUUACGCCUGAGCACAAUCCGGCUGUUGGCGACGUCGAGACCGGCAGAUACUACUGCUUCCAGAGCAAAGAGACCGGCCAUCUCUGGAUCGGCGGCGAUCGAGACAGCAUCGACGGCUUCAUCUCGGCGGACGACUCCUGCAUUGAUGUCCACGCCGAGAAGAACCUGCGUGGAGUCCUUCCGAAGCUAUUUUCGAAGAACUGGGUCACAGGCCCGGGCGAAGUCCGGGGUAUCUGGACGGGUAUCAUGUGCUACACAGGUGAUCAAUUGCCGUUCAUCGGCCGACUGCCGGCGAGUGUAACUUUGCGACAGGGCAACGGCGAGUGGAUCGCUGGCGGCUGGAACACGUACGGCAUGACCAACGGCUUGCUAUGUGGCGAUGCUCUCGGUAAGAUCAUACUUGGAGAGGACGUGUUCUCGUGGUUUCCGGAGUCGUACAUCAUCACCGAGGAGCGUCUGGGGGGCCAGAAAUUCGAGACUGAGGCUGUUAUGGAGGAUUACUUCAAGCGCAUUGGCGCGACCCAGUAUGUCGAUACCAGGGAAAGUCGGCUGUAG